AUGUAAGAAGACGUUGAUUAGGAGAGACUAUUAGAUUAGGCUCGUUAAAAAGUAAAAGAAUAAGCUUACUUUAUGAAAAAAGCAUUGGAUCAAGUCAAUUUAAGGGAUGGCUUGAGACACGCUUCCACCAUGUUAGAAGAAUUAGGUGUUAGGGAAUAGGUUUAAUUAAAUCCAAAAAACUAUUACAUAGUGUUUAUGCAAAUUUUUGAUGAGCUCCGUACUUUAGAAUAAUAUUUUAAAGAAGAAUACAGAAGAGGCCGUAAAAUGAUGGAUUUGUAUGAGUCUGUUUAGCAUGCUACUAAGUUAAUUCCUAGACUUUAUCUUUUAAUCACAGUUGGUUCUGUUUAUAUUCAAACUCAUGAAGUAGGUGCCAAGGAAAUUCUUCUCGAUUUGUUAGAAAUGAUUAAAGCAGUUCAACAUCCUACAAGAGGUCUAUUUUUACGUUAUUAUUUCCUUAAAAUGUGCAAAGAUCGUCUCCCCGAUAAGGACUCUGAAUAUUUUGGAGAAGGCGGUGAUGUUGAUGAUUGCAUUAACAUUAUUACUAGAAAUCUUAAUGAAAUGAAUAAGUUGUGGAUCAGAAUGAGCGGAAAGUCUAGAGAUAAACCAAGAAGAGAAAAGGAAAGAGUAGACUUAAAGAUUACAGUAGGUGAAAAUAUUCAUAGAUUGAGCAGCUUGGAAGGUGUAAAUAGUGAAAUUUAUUAAACUACCGUUUUACCUAAAUUACUUGAUUUGAUUGUUAGCUCUAAGGAUGCUAUUUCUUAAAAUUAUUUGAUAGAUUGCGUUAUCUCUUGUUUCCCUGAUGAGUAUCACUUGAUAACCCUUCACGAUAUUUUAGGUGUUUGUACUACCCAACUUGAGCCUAAAGUUGACAUCAAGUCAAUCUUCAUAUCCUUGAUGGAUCGUUUGGCUGAAUAUGCUCUCCGUUCAGAAGACGUUUAGGCUACUUUCAACUCUGAUAACCACAUUUAUUCUAUGUUCAAAAAUAACAUUGACAAUUUGGUUGAAAGAUCUAGCAGUACUGAAUUUAAAAAUGUUUUAGAUUUAAUGGUUGCAUUUUUGAAGUUCUCUUUGAGAUGUUAUUCAUCAAACGGCGAUUAUGUUAACUAAAUUUUAAAAAGCUGUGUUAAGAUUUGUGAAAAGUAACAUGAAUAGGAUUUCUAAGAUGAUUGCUUAAAGAAUAUUGUCAAAUUUUUGACCAUGCCCCUUGAAACUAUGUCCUUAACAAUUCUCACUAUGGAUGAAUAUCCCAACUUGAUGAAGUACUUACCUUUCUCUAAAAGACGUUAAGUCGCUUAAAAGAUUACCUAAGCAGUUGUUAGCUUAAAGAGAAACAUUAAUGAUUAGAAAAUUGCAGAAUAAUUAGUUCUCUUUAUCCAUCCCUUAUUAGUAACUGAAAAAGACUAUAUUGAAGUUUCCUAAAAUGAUUUUGAAGAAGAAUAAAAUUUAGUUUGCAAAAUGCUUCAUCUUGUUCAUCAUGAUGACGCUUAAGAGUAUUGGAAUAUUUUAAGACUCUUCUUUGAUAACUUCUAAAAAGGAGAAAUUAAGAGAUAGAAAUUCACUUAUCCUACCAUGUUCUACGCUCUUGCCAAAUUCACUCGCUCAGUCUAUGAAAAGAACUAACAAAAUGAAGUCCUCAAUUACAAUAACAUUUUUGAGAUUAUGAAGUAAUUGAUUGAAACUUUAGCUUAGGAAUAUCACUCACUUGCCCUCAAGCUCUACAUUUAGUUCAUUUUAAUUAUAAAUGAAUUCGACCAUGAAAAAACUCUUGAUGAAUUCACAUAUGAUAUUGCUACAACAGCUUUAACUAUUUAUCAAGACGAUCUAGGUGAUGCUGAUAUUAAGCUCUAAGCAAUUUAGGUAAUUAGUGGUGCCCUUAACAAAGUCUCAUGCUUAAGUGAAGAAAACUAUGACACUCUUUCAUCAAACACCACCUAAUAUUCUGCCAAGUUACUUAAAAAGCAAGAUUAGGUUCUCUCAAUAUUAAAUUGCACUCAUCUCUUCCAUGGUGAACUUAUUAAAGAUGAAGAAUCUGUUAAGAAAUGUUUAAAGAAAGCUAUUAAAAUAGCUUAAACUUUACUUAAAACCUAAAAUAAGAGUAUUAACUUGUAUAUUUAUAUCUUGAAUCGUUACUUCGUAUUCUGGAAUUAUGUUCAAUUUGAUGCAGCAGAGGUUCAAGAGCUUAUUAAUAUUAUCAAUGAAAAAAUUGGAACUUUAGAAAAAUCAGCUGAAACUGAUGCUCUCUAAAAAUAUUGGAGAAAUACAGUAUAAUAUAUUAAAUCAAAGUAAGAAUAAAAUAUAGCUGGAUUCGCUGAGCUUCAUGUUUGA